AUGACUGAUGGAAUCGACAAAACGCCACCACCUUGGUCCGCCACUCAUAUUUUUCAAAUUCUGCAGCAUACUUUAGGCGAUCGACGACACAGCAGCACACCAGUCGAGGAUGCAGUAUGGUUCCGCCGUGCUCAGAACCUUCUCUACAGUGCUAGUCUCUCCCCGGAUGUCGCAUCACGUGUUCUAUCAUGUUUUCUUUUCUUAGAGUCCGGAUUUACAUCCCUACGAACUGAAAAUCCUAAGACUGUUUCUUACCUUAAAAAAAUGUGUCAGCACGCUAAACAGGUUCAUGAGGAUUUUUAUGCUACUCAAUCCCGAGUUAAUCAUAGUAAGGAUGUAACAGAUUCGGACAGCCACUGUGUGCCACAAAGUCACGAGCAGCCGCAGGAUGAAGUGACAUUUGUAGCUACCUUCAUGGAGCCCUUUCUCAAUGGUGAAAUUCCAUCACCCCGAAAAUGUCUCGAGUGCGUUUUAGGGCCCAGCCCCGGUGAUGUAGAUGAAGGAAGUGAAAAAAAUGAUUUGCUUCAAGUCCUUGAGCAGCUUUUUUCACGUGUCUUGCAGACUCUGCAAGGUGGAGGACAAUCCCAAAUGGACAAAACUGUAGGACAUAUGCCAAGUGAAACAGACAACCCAUCCGAUGAUGCUGCUCAGAAAUCUGUGCUCCAUGCAGCUCGGGGGGAUGUGAAAAGGCUCGACACUACGGGAGCGAAUGUUUCCUCGUCAUCAACACAAACGCCAGCGUUGAGUGAGGCGACAAGUCAACCCCUAAAAGAUAGUUUUCCAGCUUCGCAUCUUUCACUGAUCGAUUUAUUGUUUGGCUCAGAGUCACGUGAUACCGAGAUGCUGUGCGCACCUGAAUUUCACGACACCGACCUGCAGCAAUGGCUAUCGUUCAACAAACGCUCUACUUUCUGUGAUAGCACCGGUGGCCACCUGCCGUUUCGCACGCGUACUAUCGACGAAAUGCGACAACAGGCAGUGGCUGAUGAGCUGCACGUGAACCGCACAACAGUAGUCGUACGCGAAGGAAGGACCAUCAUGGCCCCAGAAUGGUCAACUACCCAGAAAGAGUCGGAUUCGGGACCCCAAACGAGUAAUCUGGCACAAUCGCCACCUGAAAACGAGACCCUUCGUGAAAAUGAAGGUGAGGCGGAUAAAAAUGGCUCUCAGGCCGGGCUGCUGCAGCAGGGCUGCUCGGUAGCCACCGAAGAAGGGGUCAAAAAACAAGAAUCUAACACGACAUGGGUGGAAGAUGGCGAACUAGUGAUGAUCGGUGGACGUUUGGUAAUUCAACCAGCUGGCCGCGCCAAGAAGAAGCAAAAAAAAGACCCGAAUGAUAAUAAAAACGGUAAUAAAGACAACCAAGGACCGCAUAAGAAGGGAAGCAGCAAACGGCUAAAUCAAGGUGGCAUAGAAGAAUUAAAUGCCAGCUUAUUGGGCAAAAACGAAUCCAAUGUAGCACCAAGUCAUAGCUCGAAAAGUAACGAUUCUGACAUUAGCAGUGGUAAGAAGAAAGGCAGUGAAGAUGAAUCACAAGGACUAAGUUCAAAGACUAGGCCCUCACGAACUGAAGAAAGCACUAAGACUGUCGUAAAUGUGAGCAGCACAGGGAAAAGAAAGCGAAAGAAUGAUAACACCACGAGUAAAGUAUCUAAUUCAGGUUUUACCUCAUCCACGCGAGUUGUUCCGACACACAAUGUUCCUUUACUUUCACGAGAAGAAAUUAUUCAGCUUCUAGAAGGAUGGCAGAUUUCCAAUACACUUCGGGAAGCCUUUUUGGUUGGGCUCGAACCCGCGUCAUCUGAUGUAUCACCGGAGUCUCCUAAAAUGGCACUGAAGCUUGGAAACCCGGAAACUAGCGAAUGA